ACCAGGUCAGGCCACCUCUUUUCCUCUCUCUCUCCAUUUCUCAUUUCUCUUCUUUAUUUUCUUCACACACACCCACCAUUUCUUUCUCAUCUCAUCUUCUUUCUGAUUUCUCUCUUCUCUCUUUUCUUCUGUUAAAGAGGUGGUGACCUUAGAUCUUUUGGUUCAUCUGAGGUUUGCUUAGUGGUGAAGUUUGAGACCGAGCUGGCACUACAAUACUAUCUCUAAGUCUUUUGGAGAUUGUGAAUAUAAAGUAUAGGCCUAAUGCAAGGGCAACGGAGUGCCAUUGGAUCCCUGCCAGAAACUUUGGGUUUCACUCAUGGUUCAACACCGACUGAUGGCGGUAUAGAUCAGCAGAUAUGUUGGAAUAAUAUGCGAAAUCCUGCACAAAGUCGGUUACCAGAUUAUAUGGUGCCUUCUAGUGAGACAAACAUACCAUUUCUUAGUCAUGCAAACCAAGAAAGACAGAAUGUAAUUGGUUGGAGUUUAGGAGAAUCCAGCUCCUCCAGUGCACAAAAUAAUGUUAGUCGUAGUGAAUAUGGGUCUUCCAAUAUUCUUACAUUGGGUGAUGUUGAAGUAAAUUUGAACAACCAGAUAGCUGACAACACUAUAUUUUCUCAAGGUUCUACUUCUAGAACCGUUCCUCAUGAUCUCAAUAGAAGUUCUGGACUUGAGGGGCAUGACGACGAUACAGAUGAUGAUGAUGACUGCCAAGUGAUGGAGUUUGCCCCGACAUUCAAAUCUGAUGGACCAGGAAAAGAACGGAUGUCAACCGCUAGUACUUCUUCUGAUCCUUUUGCUGGGCCUUCUGUAACUAAUAAUGGAUUUCUGAUGGAGGAAAGUGAUGGCAGGCCAGGCUGUUCACUGGAUGGUCGGCGAAUGGCUUGUAAGAGAAAAGCACUUGAAGGACAUCUGGGACAAUCUUCAGGAAGUGGAAGUUCAAAUUAUCAUUUUCCAUGCGCGGAACACAGCUUAUGGCGUUCUAUACCUGCUCCGGUUAAUAUGACUACAGGUGCAAAUAUCCCUGCACCAACAGAAAGUAGCAGAAGUAUCAAUUUGUCAGAGCAGGUGAAUCCAAGACUUGGGCUCACCAUGGGUGGUGGGGCCACUAUGGAAGGUCCUGUUGCAUUGCCUGCUUCAAGAAGUGUAGAAAGUUUCCGAAGAAAUUUCAGGCUGAGGAUCAAUGGCUCUCAUCAGCAAGCUUCUAUUCCCAGUAAUCUGUUUCCUACUGCGGGUAAUGAUGGAAAUGCUAGCAUGCUUCGUAAUGAAUCUUUGGAUUUGAGGUCUGUGUCUGCUGCAGAUAACGGAAAUCCCCGAGGCCAGCCUGUCGCGGUGCAGGUUCCUUCUCUUCGACGAAGUGCACAGAGGUGGGAUUCAUCAUCAAGCUCAAGAGCUGGCAGUUCAUCAAGUUUUUCUGUUUUUGGAGAGAGAGAUCCUGCAGCAUAUGAAGAGCCAGGCUCAAGAAGUGUGCCCAGAAACAUUUCGCAGCAUCCAAUGUUCAUACCUGCUAGCGACUUGAGAAAUUUGAACCAAAAUCCAGCCAACUGGAGUUUAACCGGUGGAAAUAUUCCCGUUGCCGGAAAUGUUGCAUCUGCUUCUCGGAGUGGUCCCAGCUCAGUAGCCCCUUCCUCUUCCCCUUCCCCUAGUUGGGUACAACACAGAAAUCCUCAGCAAUAUCCCCGGAGACUGUCAGAAUAUGUUCGUAGAUCUUUGUUGUCUUCCGGUGGCAGUGAACCUGGAAGUCACAAUGGUAACAUUCCACCACGUUUGAGUUCCGCUGCUUCACAGGAGAUGGGGCUUUCUGGCCAUCAUGGGCAUCGUCCGUCAAGUUCAAGGUCGGCCAUGCUUGAGAGACAACUCGAAGGUGCUGUUGGGGUUCCAUACUCGUGGAGGACCUUGGCUGCUGCCGGUGAAGGUAGAAGCAGGCUAGUUUCGGAGAUUCGCAAUGUUUUGGAUCUAAUGCGCAGGGGAGAGGGCUUAAGAUUCGAGGAUGUCAUGCUCCUUGAUCAGUCAAUGUUCUUCGGGAUGGCGGACAUUCAUGAUCGUCAUCGCGAUAUGCGGCUUGAUGUUGAUAACAUGUCAUAUGAGGAAUUACUUGCACUUGAGGAGCGCAUUGGGAAUGUCUGCACUGGGCUGACUGAAGAAACCAUUUUGAAUCGUUUGAAGCAACGGAAGCAUGUACGCAUUAGAACAGAAGAACCCGUGGACGCUGAGCCAUGCUGUGUUUGUCAGGAAGAAUACAAGGAUGGCGAGCAUCUUGGGAAACUGGACUGUGGCCAUGACUUUCAUGCCGACUGUAUUAAACAAUGGCUGAUGCAAAAGAACUUGUGCCCCAUUUGCAAAACAACAGGGCUGAAUACUUCAGGAAAGCAUGUCUGCGUGUACAAAACUGAAACCCAAAACCCAACGCAACAGGCAUAUGCAGAUGAUCACUUUGUGAUAUGGUGGUUGGUGCCAAUGGGGGAUCCGUACAGAACAAACCCGAACCCGAACCCGAACCCGAACUCUCUAGAUACGGAAGACAUGUCUUCUUUCUUUCUCAAUUUUCUUCAAGCUUCGAGUCCGGCGACUGGUUUUUAUAACCGAUCGGCACCGGAGUCAUCUUCUGUCCUUAAUUUCUCCGAUCCCGCCCGAUUUUAUGCCGCCGGGGUUGAGAAUGUAUUUGCGUCUGCUGGCCUCGGGGACUGUGCCGAUCGGACCGAGUUUCUAGAAGAUGAUAAGGUCGAUAACUUCGGUUUCAGUAGCGAGGAAUGUGAUGGACUUGACGUGCCAAAUAAUCAGAAUCAUCCACGUUCUUCAAAGAGGAGUAGAUCUGCUGAAGUUCAUAAUUUGUCCGAGAAGAGGAGAAGGAGUAAGAUCAAUGAGAAACUGAAAGCAUUGCAGAACCUCAUCCCAAAUUCUAACAAAACUGACAAGGCAUCUAUGCUUGAUGAAGCCAUUGAGUAUCUGAAGCAACUUCAAUUGCAAGUUCAGAUGCUUACCUUGAGGAAUGGAUUGAGUUUAUACCCCGGAUAUGUUCCCGGAUCUUUGCAGUCAAUGCAACCUCCAUCUGGCAAUGAAUUUGAUGGGAGAAGUUUUAUGCUGAGUGCAAAUGGAGGAGCUACACUUCCUGCGAAUCGAGAAAUGCUGCAGACUGCAUUUGAAAUUUCAGAUCACAAUCCGUCAGACAAACCAACAAUAGGCUCACAUAAUACAGAAAACGCAAUAGCUUUUGAAACUACAAUUCAGAAUCAUUAUGGACUUCUUAACCAUUUGACAUCUUCUAAGGACAUGUGCCGAGACAAUGCACUAUCAAGAUUGCAUUUAGAUAUGAGUUGUUCUGGAAACAAUUCAUCAUCGGGGGUGUCGUCUUAACCAAAAUUUCAAAGGAUCAAAUACUUGAGGAGUUGGUGUAGAGGAAAUAACUAUUGUUACUGCAAAACUCCAAUUGUUUGUACAUCUCAUAAGUUAAAUUGCCUCAUGGUCACUGAGGUAAAAUGAUCCUUAAUCGUUAUGCUCAAUGAGCAUGAACGGAACUGUGCUUUUGUAACUGUUGAAACUUAAGACUUGACAAGAUAACUAGUGUUGACAAAAUAACCAUUCAAACUUUUUCAGAUGGUUUUCAAGUUCUUCUAUUGUCAUACGUGAAAAUGAAAAUGUACUACUGUCUUAAA